AUGCCGUCUGUUACCAGUAUCCACAAACGUCACGCCUAUGGCAAGGAUGCCCACACAUACUACCCUGUACUCAUUGUGGGUGCUGGAGAGUCAGGAAUCGCAAUGGGCUGUCGCCUCAAGGAGGAGCUCGGAACGGACCAGUUUCGAAUCUUUGAGCGCCAGUCAGGAAUCGGUGGAACCUGGUGGAUUAAUCGGUAUCCUGGGGCUGCUUGCGACAUCCCGGCGCUGUUCUACUCUUUCUCAUUUGCAACCAAGAAGAAUUGGUCCACUUUACAUCCUUCGGGCCCAGAAAUUGCACAGUACCUGGCGGAUGUGUGUGAGAAAUACCAAAUUGUGGACAAGAUUCAAUUCCACACAGAUGUCCGCGAGCUUCGAUGGAUUGAAGACGAUGAAGAGUGGGAGGUAUUGCUGUCCCAUCUGGUGCCCGGAACGGGCGAUCUCUCUUCAUAUGACCGAGAGCAACUGGCACUGAAAGAGGGCGCGCACCGCGUCUAUGUCAAGAACGAGAUUGUUCGGGCUAAAAUCGUUGUCAGCGGCGUCGGUGGUCUGGUCGAACCCAAGACGUGGCCGAAGGAUAUUCCAGGCAUGGAAGAUUUUGAGGGUGAAAUUAUACACACGGCGCGCUGGAAGAGCGAUCUGGACCUCAAGGACAAGGAUGUGAUCAUGCUGGGCUCGGGCUGCAGCGCCGCUCAGGUCGUUCCCGAAUUGGCCAAACCAGAGGCCAGUGUCCGUUCUAUCACGCAGAUCAUGCGCACGCCUCCUUGGGUGCAACCCGACCUAUUGCCCCCCCAUCUUCUUGAAUAUUGGGAGCGGUGGAUGCCUUCUUUACUCACCUAUGUGCCUGGUCUACCGCAACUGCUCCGUCAGUCUAUGUUCCUGGCAUUCGAAGAGAGUUUUUUCUCCAUGUUCACAGAUGGGUCAUACGGACGGAAAAGAAGGCCCGAAUUAGAAAAGAAAUUCUUGGACCAUAUGCGGAAGGUGGCACCUACAGCGUACCAUGAUAUAUUGACACCCAACUACAGCCUUGGCUGCAAGCGUCGUGUUAUCGACGGCACCUGGUAUCGCAGCUUGCACUCGCCAAAAGUCACCUUGACCACCCAGCCACUGACGCGAGUACACGCGAAGAGUGUGACCAUUGGUCCUGGUCAAGACUAUCCUCCUGGCAAAAAGGCCCAGGGUGAGGAACAUGAGAUCCCUGCGGACGUGAUCCUCCUCGGCAAUGGAUUCGAAACCAACCAGUGGUUACACCCACUCAAAGUGGUGGGAAAGGGCAACAAGGACAUGCAAGACCUCUGGACCGAGCGAGGGGGCGCCCAAGCAUAUCUCGGAAUUGCGAUGGACCAUUGCCCCAACUUUUUCAUGAUAUUCGGACCCAACACCGCCACCGGUCAUACGAGCGUGAUAUUCGCCACAGAGAACGCUGUCAACUACACGCUGCGGCUGAUCAAGCCGAUUCUGGAUGGCCAGGUGAGCUCGUGGGAGGUGAAAGAAGAAGCCGAAAGGGCCUGGACAAAGCAAGUGCAGGAUCAGUUGCAGAAGACUGUCUUCCGCCGGGGUGUCUGUUCUAGCUGGUAUAUCACCGCGGAUGGCUGGAACUCAUCGACCUACCCGUGA